AUGUUUAAAAUAACUAAAAAUAUUAAUAAACUUUUAAUUAAACAACAAAAAUGUUUUUUUACAAAUCAUACACAACAAGUUAAUAAAAUUCAUCAAAUUUUAAAUAAUAACAGUGCAAAGAAUAAAACUUUACAUUUAAAAGAGAUUAAUGAAAAUUUAAAUGUUGAUCAUAAUACCUAUUUUAAUUUAUCAAUUUGUUUAGAUGAUAACGAAGUUGUUGAAUUAAAAAAUGGUGAAAAAUUUAAUAAAAAGAAAUUAUUAUUAAAAUCAAUUGAUAUGGAACCAAAUUCAAACUCUUAUCAUAAUUUAGCUUAUUUAAUUGAUAAUAAUAAUAAUAAUAAUAAUAAUAAUAAUAAUAAUAAUAAUAAUAAUAAUAAUAAUAAUAAUAAUAAUAAUAAUAAUAUAAUUGAAUUAUUAAAUGGUGAAAAAUUAAAUAAAAAAGAUUUAUAUUUAAGAUCAAUUGAUUUAAAUCCAAAUCAUUCAAUAGCGUAUAAUAAUUUAGGUAAUUUGUUGAAUAAUGAGAAAUCAAUUAAAUUAUUAGAUGGUACAAUUAUGACAAGAAAACAAUUAUAUUUGAAAUCGAUUGAAAUUGAUCCAAAAUUUUCAAAACCAUAUCAUAAUUUAGCAAAUCAAUUAAAUAGUUCAAAUGAAGUGGUUACUCUAUCGGAUGGUACAAAAAUGAAUAGAAGACAAUUAUAUUUGAAAUCGAUUGAUCUUCAACCAAAUACUUCAAAUUCUUAUUUUAAUUUAGCUGAACAAUUAGAUACAUCAGUUGAGAAUUCUAUAACUUUAUUAAAUGGUAAAACAAUGACUGAUAUUGAACUAUAUUUAAAAUCAAUUGAUGUUAAUCCAAAUUUAAAGAGUACUUCUUAUUCAUUUAAUAAUUUAGCAAAUUUAUUAUUAUCAAAACAACAACAACAAAAAUCAGAACAACAACAACAACAAGGUGAAAUUAUAAUAACUUUAUUAGAUGGUAGAAAAUUAAAUAAAAAACAAUUAUAUUGUAAAGCUAUUGAAUUGGAUAAUAAUAAUGUUGAAGCAUAUUAUAAUUUAGCAGUAUCUUUAAAACCUGAUGAAUCAAUUUUAGUUGGUGGUAAAAAUGUAAAUAAAAAGGAUUUAUAUAUUAAAUUAUUAGAAUUAGAACCAAAUUAUGAUUCAACUUAUUAUAAUCUUGCAAUUAUAAUGAAACCAAAUGAACUAAUCACUUUAGGUAAUAAUAAAAAUAUAUCUCAAAAAGAUUUAAUAUUAAAAGCUAUAGAUUUAAAUCCAAAUCAAACUUUAUUCUACAGAUUUUUAUUCAACUUAUUAUCUAUAGAUAAUAAUGGUAAUAACGAUUUUUCAAUAACAUUAUUAAAUGGAAAAUCUUUAUCAAAACAAGAAUUAAGAAUACUUUCAAAAUUAAAUGAAACUAAUGAAAAUCAAAGUCAAAAUAAUGGAUUACUUUCAAAAUUAAAAAAAUUAUUUUUUUAA